ACAUCCAAAAAGAAAUUAUUAUUGAAAAAUGAAAAAUCCCCAUUACUCCCAAUAUGAUAACAUACUUUUCAUCUUUUAUCAUACCCUACAAAACGGCCAGGGGCCAGUCCUCCAUUUCAUCUCAGCAGCAAAUAUGUCACUAAGUUCGGUGUCUGCUCUGCAGUAGUAGAGCAGGUGAAAGGAGAGUGGGCCCCACGCGCUAACCCACAGUUCCACUCACCCUCAUUGACCCUCACUAUCUAUAUAUGACAGCCCAAACCAAAAACCAAAACCAAUGCUGAUUUAAAUUAUUCAGUUAACAUUCAGUCCUUUCUAAGCUCUGCUUUACUUCUUUCUUGCUUCCUCACAUGGCUCCUCUCUGGGUGUUCUGCAUUCUUGUUUGUUGCCUCUUCAUUCGACCAAGCCGCUUCGUCCUUGGCCUUGCUUCGAGCAAUGUUUAUAUUGUGUACAUGGGGGAGAGGCAACAUAGUGAAGCAGAACAGGUCCAGGACUCCCACCAUAAGAUGCUUGCACAUGUUCUUGGAAGCAAAGAGGCUGCGGAGGAAGCUAUGCUGUACAGCUACAAGCACGGUUUUUCGGGGUUUUCUGCAAUCCUAUCUCAGUCUCAGGCUAAGUUGAUUGCCGAUCUUCCUGGAGUUGCCCGCGUAAUGCCAAACAGAAUUCUCAGUCUCCAGACGACUCGAAGUUGGGAUUUUCUGCACAUGUAUCCUCAAAUGGCAGAUGGAAUUCUUUCUAAGGGUCGGUCUGGUGCAGGGUCGAUUAUCGGUGUCUUGGACACAGGAAUUUGGCCAGAAUCCAUGAGCUUCAGAGAGGAGGGUAUGGCAACGGUUCCACUUCGAUGGAACGGUAUAUGCCAGGAAGGAGAACAGUUCAACAAAACCAACUGCAACAGGAAGAUCAUCGGUGCUCGAUGGUAUAUCAAAGGAUAUGAAGCCGAGUUCGGGAAGCUCAACACAAGUGAGGGAGCCGAGUUCCUUUCCCCUCGGGAUGCAGUAGGGCAUGGGACCCACACAGCAUCAACAGCCGCUGGUGCGUUAGUUGAGAAUGUGAGCUUCAUGGGCCUGGCAAGAGGGCUGGCUCGAGGAGGUGCGCCAUCAGCCCACAUAGCUACCUACAAGAUAUGCUGGGCCACGGGAGGGUGCAGCUCGGCUGAUCUUUUAGCGGCAUUCGAUGAUGCAAUCCAUGAUGGCGUAGAUGUCCUAUCUGCUUCCCUUGGCUCCUCACCUCCUCUUCCAAGCUAUGUCGAUGACACUCUAGCGAUCGGGUCAUUUCAUGCUGUGGCUAGGGGAAUCUCCGUGGUGUGCUCAGGUGGGAACUCGGGGCCUUACCCGCAGACGGUCAUAAACACAGCUCCAUGGCUGAUUACUGUUGGAGCUAGCACAAUUGAUCGGGCCUUUCCAACCACCAUCACGCUUGGAAACAAUCGAACUCUCAUGGGUCAGGCUUUGUAUACGGGGAAGAACGUGGACAAGUUCUAUCCAAUUGUCUAUGGAGAAGACAUUGUAGCCGCAAACUCCGAUGAAAGCAGCGCAAGGAGCUGUGAUUUCGGGUCUCUGAAUUCGACACUAGCAAAGGGAAAAGCGGUACUGUGCUUCCAGUCAAGGUCUCAGAGAUCGGCCACCAUCGCUGUACAGACCGUGGAGGAUGCAGAGGGAGUCGGCAUGAUAUUCGCUAAGUUCCCGACAAAAGAUGUUGAUCUGUCCACGAAGAUCCCCUGUAUCCUGGUCGAUUUUACGAUCGGGACUUCUAUACUCAACUACAUGGAAGCAACCAAAGAUCCAGUAGUAAAGUUUAGCGGCUCACGAACUGUUCUCGGGCAACAGAUAUCCCCCGAGGUUGCAGUCUUCUCUUCCCGGGGACCGAGCUCCCUAUCUCCCUCCGUGCUGAAGCCUGAUAUUGCAGCUCCUGGGGUAAACAUACUAGCUGCCUGGUCUCCUGCAUCGUCCCAGUCCCAGGUAGACCCAAACACGAACUUGCCGCUGAACUUCAAGAUCGAGUCGGGAACGUCCAUGUCAUGUCCCCAUGUGUCGGGCAUUGUGGCUCUCCUCAGGACAGUCCAUCCAGAUUGGAGCCCAGCUAUGAUCAGAUCUGCACUCAUUACAAAAGCUUCUGUAAAAGACACAUCCGGCCAAAGAACAGUGGCUGAAGGCGCUCCACACAAGCCAGCCGAUGCAUUCGACUACGGAGGUGGCCAUGUUGAUCCCAACAGAUCCCUAGACCCCGGGCUCGUUUUUGACACCAAAACCUCAGACUAUGUAUGUUUCCUCUGUUCAUUGGGCUACAACGACUCUGCCAUCAGCUCGAUGACGGGCACCCCCACCCAAUGCCACAGCCACAGCCACAGCAACUGCCUCAAGAAUCUGAACCAGCCAUCGAUCGUGGUUCCCGACCUGAAGCAGCACGUGACCAUCUCGAGAGAGGUCACAAACGUGGGCCGGACAGACUCUAUCUACAUUGCCAGGGUUGAGGCACCCCCGGGGACUCACGUCAAGGUGAAGCCUCCCGUUUUGGUGUUCAACUCCAACGUGAAGACACAGAAGUUCAGGGUCUCGUUUCAGUCACUUCUAAGAUUCCAAGGGAGAUACUCGUUUGGGACAUUGGUGUGGGAGGACGGGAAGCAUCGAGUUAGGAUGCCACUGGCUGUGAGGAGCGUCAUCGAUGACUUCUAUGCUCAAACCUGAUUUUGAAUUGCCCACAAGCCCAUUACUUCCACUACAAGGAAUUACCAUCUUACGGCAUUUUCAUUCGUUCGAUCGGAUCACAAAUAUUACAGAAGACAAACCGACACAGCUGGAUCUUCGGUUGAUUGGCCCGAGAAUUUCUCCUGGAGAUUGCGAUGAGUAUAUUGUUCACCAAUAAGGUCGCUGGUUCGAUUAAAUGUCAAUAGUUCAUGGCCUGCUGGCACCAACCCAAUCCAUGUUCUCGUUACCAUAUUAUUUCCAGAACUUCACAUUGUUAAACCAAUUGCUUUGAUUAAUCGUUUUACUAA